AAAUGAUCUUAUUUAGUGAUACAAGAGGUGACUCGCAUCGCUUUGGCGUUUGAAGCAACGGAUGCCGGGUUUGGAACUCUCUCUCUUUAUGGGAAAAUCACCACACACCGAGACACAGUUUCAUCUAGCUAUCAAGGCCAAAACAGGAAAACAUGCGCAUCCUGAAUUUCACUCUUAGCCACCACUGAUCAAAUUAUGGGUUGAUUUUAAUUGUUCAGAUAUUACGCAUAGCUCUCAGACGUCUGAUAUUAUGAGAAUUUCACUUGGCUGUAUUAUAAAAAGCAAAAAUGUCACGUACAGUAAAACUGUAACUUAGUUAAAUGACUUGACAUAGUAAUAUCUACCGAUUUCUUUGCGUGUUGCAUUUUAGGCUGUUUUAGAUUGUGCAAAAUCUGAAAUAUGUAUUGGAUGGAUAGAUCACAUUUAGGUGAAAACGAUGGUUGGUUUCGAAGUCAAAUUAACUAGGAUAUAUCAUUAUCACUCCGGGCUUGGAAUAUAUAUCUGAUUCUUUACGGGAUAGGUGUUUCUUCUGCCGUCCAAUUUCACUAAUCGUCUCUACAGAGUAUCGGUUCGCCUUAACUUGUAUUUCAACACUUGUUUAUUGUUUCUUUUUGCCUAGUAGAUAUUGCUCUGGCGUUUAAAGCAAUGGGUACUGGAUCUGAGUCUCAGUGGGAACAUCACUCACUUGGGCGCAGGUACAUCCAACUGAUGAUUCUCAAACAGGACGAAAUACAUUUCGUUGAUUCCACUGCCACCAAGUAGACUACAAUUAUUGUGUUGAUUGUAUUUUGAACGAUUUUUAAACCUUUUUCACUUAUUAACAUUUUGAUAACUAAUCCAUGUACCUUUUAAAUAUGGUUACAGAAAGGUGUUCAUUGGAGUCACUAUUUGUUAUGACCGAUACUGUACCAUCAGAUGUAUUGAAGAACUCUGAGGAGAGUCAAUUCGACUGGCGAAUAAAAGCGUGUGAAUUAUUGGAGCAACAUAUUGAAGAAUUAAAGUUGAAUAAUGCUAGUUUAGUUCGUGAAUCCUAUGUACUAGCAUCGUGUUUAAGAGAUCUUCUAACAGAGAUUGAAGCACUUAAAUCAUCUUCACCUGUCAUCAAAUCACUUAGCGAUGAAGAAAUUAUGGAUUACCUAUUGCAUUAUCAAUGUAUUGUCUCGUCGAAUGAAGCUGAUAAUAUUCAUCUCCUUUCUAACACAGGAUUCCAACAUAUAAGUCAAAAACCUGAUCAUUUAUCCAGCUAUUCAAAGUCAACGAAAUCUUCAACAGAUUCAGAGGAAUUUCAAUUGGUUCAAAAUAAUGAGGAAAACAAAUCUGAAAACUUGUUUGAUGACCAGUUAGAUGAUAAUAGAUCAUCAUGUCAGACUACUGAAUAUUCAGAUGAAGAACAUGUUGAUUCUGAUGAUCCUGAAUUGAUACAAGCUGCUUUCCGAUUAUUUGCUAAAUAUAUCGGUCCAUCAUUAAAACGUGAACAUCGUACAAUCUUUAAUGCUCCUCCAACUCAGGAUUGGUUAACCAAUCAAUUAUUGUUAAGAUGGGAAAGAUUAAGUACAGCUGAAAAAUCUACAUGGCGUAAACGUUUGAAAUCCUCUUAAAUUGUUUUUACAUAUAAGUUAUAUGGGCAUAUGAAAAUCAUUUUGUUAACGAAAUGAACUGUAUAAUACAAUGAGGAACAACAUUUAUCCAUGUAUAUAUAUAACUGAAAUAACUUCAUACUACAUCUAUCUUUUCUGUUGAUAAAAAUGAGUAUUUUUGUGUUUGCUAGUAUGUUGUGUAGUCUGUUGUAAGUUUAGUCGGAACUUAAUUAUCGUAACUUUCAAGUAGUAGAAAUAUUUUGAUGAUACUGUUACAAUUUCAAGUAGUGAAACGUCAUAACAAACCAUUCUACUCAAAAAUACACGAAGAAACAAUUACCUCUGUGUUGGAUACAAAACUUCCUCUCUAUUCUUCCUAAGUUCGUUAUUAAUAUAAUCAUAAACAGACAAUAUCGACACUGGACCUGGUCUCCACGUUUCUACAUCUCAUAAAUAGUACGUCAAGUGAGAAUACACGAAGAUGAC